GACUUUGUUUUUCCUUGUUAUUUCAUCUCCGGUCUUUUUGUUUUGUAAAAAAGAAUUAAUUUACCAACUAAAAACAAUAAUAUUAAUAUUAAGUUUCAACAAAAUGCUAACAACAAACCGCCUAUCAACUCAAUUAUAUCAAUUAAUUCUUAAAUCAACCACAAGAAAUGUCUGUAAAAUUGCAGUCACAGUUGAUCCUGAUUUGAAUGAGAAACUCGAUAAAGAGGAACUAAAACAUCGUCAUCAUCCAGGUAUUAUUAAAAAGGGAAAUGUUAAUAUACCCAAGCACAUUUCCAAAGCAAUUGAAAGAGCAAUUGGUGACUUUCCAAUCAAAACACUUGUCAAAGACGGCAAAGUCCUAAAUCAAUAUAUUUGCUCACGACAUCCACCACCCGAAACAAAAGAUAUUCAAAAGAAAAUUCAAGCCAUUUCACAAGAACUAGAUGAAAAGUAUCCAAUGCCAAAUGAUCCUGAAUUCCCCGAAGAAGAACUUGAAAGAAAAAAUCAAGCUCGACAACAAAAACUAAAGAAAACUCUAAAAGAACGAAUUAUUGCUUGGAAACCAAUUACUUAUGGAGCCUAUGAAGGUCUAGUUUAUGCUAUUGGACGUAGUGCUCAAGAAUAUGCCGUGAUUUCGAGUAUAUUCAAAGAAAUCAAACAUAGAAAUCCGGAUUUUAAACCGAGGAGUUUUAUUGAUUUUGGUUCGGGUGUUGGAUCGGCGAUGUGGGCAGCUAGCGAUUUGUGGAAGGAAUCAAUAUUUGAGUAUUUGAAUGUGGAUUCUUCAAGGGAAAUGAAUGAUCUGUCGGACUUAAUUAUAAGAGAUGGAAAUGAAAAUCAAAAACCAACGUUAAAAAAUGUUUACUAUAGGCAGUUUCUGCCGGGGAGUGAAACCAAAUACGAUCUCGUUGUGUCGGCAUUUUCACUUUUUGAAAUGCCUAGUGCUAAAGACCGCAAAGAAAUUAUAAUGAAUUUAUGGAAGAAAUGCGAUGGCUAUAUGAUUAUUAUUGAAGAAGGUAGCAGAAAAGGUUCAGAAAUCAUAAAUGAAGUUCGCUCAACUGUACUGUCAUCAAAAGAUCACGAACUGGCUGGUCAUGUUUUCGCUCCCUGUCCUCAUGAUCUACCUUGUCCGCGACUAGCUGCCGAAGGCGACAACACUCCAUGUAAUUUUAAUGUCGCCCAUGAACCACUUGGUUUGGGUGAGAAAAUCUCAGGAAAUAUUACGAAGCGCUUCAGUUAUGUGGUUUUGAAAAAAGGACCCAGAAAAGAUGCCAGCGAUAGUUGGCCGCGACUUGUAAGACCAACCUUGAUUCGUUCGAAGCAUUCGGUUUGUCGAAUGUGCACAUCUAAGGGAACACUUUUAGAAAUUGUUUUUACAAAAUCUAAACAUGGAAGGAAUGCAUUACGAUGUGCAAGAGCCAGUGAUUGGGGUGACCGACUUCCUAUUGAAAUUGGUGAAGAGUGGGAAAAUGUUAAGAGGCCAAAAAGAAAACCAAAAGAUGAAUCAGUUGAAAUGGAAGAUGAAGCCAAAAUAAAAACUGAACAACAGAAUUAAGUGAUCAAUUUCUUAUAUUAUUUGUAAAUAAAAUUUUAGUUAAGUACUUAGAAAUUUUUAA